AUCUGCACGCAAAAGACCAGCUUCCGUUGUGCAUAGUCCCUGCAGCGGCCUUUCGCUUUGACGUUCCAGCGCUGCACUACAGCGACUGGGGCCCAUCCUACGUAAAGGCCACUGUGCCAUAUCGGCAAGCCAAGGCAGUUUAUCCUCUUGCAUAUCCUUUCCAACCGAGGCUCCGACCAUGGCCUCUACAUCGUUUCGAGAUUCAGUGAAUGCUUUGGGGUGGUCCCGACGAGAAGGAGAUACACUAGCGAAUACCAACUCCACACCUUUCUUCUCCAGGUUGCAUUCACUUAACCCAUUUGGUCAGGGAGAUGGCUAUCUCCAGCUCCCAACACACGAAGCUCCUGGGGCUCCUUUGCCUGCUCCAAGCCGACGCGAGGAGGAGGAUACCUUCUUUGCCCUAAGCCGUUGGGAUCGGAUGCUCAUCUUCUCCGCGUGCAAUCUUGGCGCCGCCGUCUGCUUCGUGAUCUGUUUUUUCCUGUUUCCGGUGCUCUCGCUGAAGCCCCGCAAAUUUGCUAUCCUGUGGUCCGUGGGAUCUUUACUUUUCUUGCUAUCAUGGGCUGUCCUCAUGGGACCCAUGAUCUACGUCAGACAUCUGAUCUCGGGAUCACGGCUGCCCUUUACGGCCGCAUAUUUCGGGUCCAUCGCCAUGACUCUGUAUUUUGCUAUCGGGCUUCACAACACCUUCCUCACCCUCCUCUCGUCCAUCUUUCAGCUCGCCGCUCUACUAUGGUACAUUGUCAGCUAUUUCCCCAUGGGCAGCACAGGGCUGCAGUUUAUGGGUCGCUUUGGCGCUCAGCGCGUUACGGCGUGGAUCAGUAGCUAG